CUCGUGCCGCCUCGGCAAUUUACUUGCGGACUUGGAAGUCCGGAUCAGUUUGUUCACAGUGCCGCAUCCCUUAAAGUAAAUUACCAGAGACUUGCACAUACACAUACCCAAACUAUGUUAAGACGUGUACUACCACGCUUGCCGCUUUUCCGGGUCUCUGCACCCAUACUUCCAAUAUCAUCGCGGUUAAGUGCUCGCCCAGUACCUGCAAUAUCCUUGACUGGCUCUCCACGUUUGUCGAGCCCGAGGCUGUUUCAUCACGUCCCUGCUCGCCUUACGUCAACUCCACCACCUCAAAGCGAUCCAGUAUCACAGUUACCUUCAGACGCUACCCUCUCUCAAAGGCUGAAACACCUCAUUAAAUCCUAUGGAUGGUAUGCCCUUGGAGUGUACAUCGUCCUCUCUACACUGGACUUCACCAUCGCGUUUGCUGGAAUCAACCUGUUGGGCGCCGAGCAGGUCGCGUCUGCCGCUGCCUACAUUAAAGAGACUGCUAUUGGCUUCAUCCAUACAAAGCCACCAGAGCCUGGGCGGGAUGAAAUGAACGGCAUUUCUGGAGGAGAUGCAGGUCGUGAGGGCUUGUAUGCCACCUUGGUAUUGGCUUACACCAUCCACAAAACGCUAUUUUUGCCUGUCAGAGUUGGUUUGACAGCUAUUUUCACUCCUCGAUUGGUAGGCUGGCUACGUACAAGAGGGUGGGCAGGUGGUGAGGGCGCCAGGAAAGCAGCACGCGAUAUGAGGGAUAGGAUCCAAAGAAGGGACUAAAGUCAGUCGAUCUUGGAGCUAUAGUUGUACGGCCAGUCGAUUGGAGAUAUUGCAUGCAAACCUUUCUUUGAACUAAGGUGCCCAUGAAGAAGUUAGUGUUGAAAACGACUGGCGGAAAGGGGGUUUGGGGAAAAUCCAAUUCGAAUACGCAGACGAGUUCCCGAAACAAUAGCGUAUCAUGUAUAGCUAGCUACCUUUGACCUCCAUCACUAAAAUUUGAGUAUCAAAAUCCGUCUGAAGAGUUUUUCCCUAGGCAUCUUCGCACUGGCAGGAGGUCUUGCCCAUUGAAAAGUACUGGCAACGAGUGACGCGCUGGCAUCAGCUGAUAAGAAAACGUAACG